CAUAUAUAAACUUUCUCAUAUCCCUUAUUCAAUACGAUUAAUAAUCUUAUUAAGUGAGUUAUUACAUUUAUCUCAAUUUUCAAAUUACUUUACUUCAUUUCUGUUCUGUUUGACAUUCUCUUGCAUCACUUAUAAUAGAAUUACAAUUACACUACACUUACACUUACAAUUGAUUACAUAACUUUUGCAAUAAUUAUUCAUUAUUCAAUUCCUAUUCCGUCAUGGCUUCAACAUACGCAUUACAAGAUAAACUUGAGAAAUUACCAAUUCCUGAUUUAAAUGAAACUUUAGCUAAUUAUUUAAAAGUUUUACAACCUCUUCAAACAGCUAAAGAGCAUCAAAGAACUAUUGAUGCAGUAGAAUCAUUUCUUAAAAAUGGUACAGGACAUUAUCUUGAUGAAGAAUUAAGAAAUUUUGGUAAAACAAGAAAUAGUUAUAUUGAACAAUUUUGGUAUGAUUCAUAUCUUAAUUAUGAUUCACCUGUUGUUUUAAAUUUAAAUCCUUUCUUCUUAUUAGAAGAUGAUCCUUUUCAUAAUGAUACUAACAAUCAUUCUGAUCCUCAAAUUAAAAGAGCUACUACUUUAACUUUAUCAUCAUUAAAAUUUAUUCAAGCUCUUAAGAAUGAACUGUUAACUCCAGAUGUUAUGAAGAAUGGUAAACCACUUUGUAUGUACCAAUAUUCUAAAUUAUUUGGAGCUUCAAGAAUUCCAACUCAUAAUGGAUGUAUUAUGCAAACCGAUUCAAAUUCCAAUCAUAUUGUUGUAUUAUCAAAAUCACAAUUUUAUUGGUUUGAUGUUCUUGAUUCAGAAAAUAAUAUACUUUUAACUGAAUCAGAAUUAGAUGUUAAUUUUACAUCUAUUGUUCAUGAUUCUUUAAUGACUGAUCCUUCAGAUAUUGCUAAAUCUUCAUUUGGAGUUUUAACUACUGAAAAUAGAAGAAUUUGGGCAGGAAUUAGAAAUAAUUUAAUAUCAAAUAAUCAAACAAAUAAUGAAAUACUAUCAAUUAUUGAUUCAGCAUUAUUUGUAUUAUGUCUUGAUGAUAUUGAAAUUAAUGAUUUAUCUUUAUUAUCAAAAAAUAUGCUUUGUGGUUUAUCAAUUCUUGAUAAAGGUAUUCAAGUUGGUACUUGUACAAAUAGAUGGUAUGAUAAAUUACAAAUUAUUAUUACAAAAAAUGGUAAAGCAGGUAUAAAUUUUGAACAUACAGGAGUUGAUGGUCAUACAGUAUUAAGAUUUGUUAGUGAUAUUUAUACUGAUUCAAUUUUAUCAUUUGCAAGAUCAAUUAAUAGUAAUGCUCCAUCACUUUGGAAAAAUAGUGCAACUAUGUCUCCAUCAGCUUCAAGAGCAACUAAAAAUGAUACUGAUAAUGUACCUUAUGAUUUAAUUACUGUUCCAAGAAAAUUAGAAUGGGAAUUAACUUCUGAUUUAUCACUUUCUUUAAGAUUUGGUGAAACAAGAUUAUCCGAUUUAAUCAAUCAAAAUGAAUUUAGACAUUUAGAAUUUAAAAAUUAUGGUUCAACUCAAAUUAAAAAGAUGAGAUUUAGUCCAGAUGCCUUUGUUCAAAUGGCUUUUCAAGCAACUUAUUAUGCUUUAUAUGGUAAAGUUGAAUGUACUUAUGAACCAGCAAUGACUAAACAAUUCUUUCAUGGAAGAACUGAAGCCAUUAGAACUGUAAGUCAAGAAUCUAAUUUAUUUGUUCGGAAAUUCUUUGAUUCAACCGUUUCAAAUGAAGAAAAAUUACAAUAUUUAGCUGAUGCUUGUAAUCAACAUAGUCAACAAACAAGAAGAUGUUCUAAUGGUAAAGGUGUAGAUAGACAUCUUUAUGCAUUAUUCUGUAUUUGGAAGAGAUAUGUUGAUUCUCAUGAAGAAGAAGAACCACAACCACAAGCAGAAGAAGAUGUAGAUGUAGAUGUAGAAGAAGAUCCUACAUCUAUGAAUACUCGAGCUUCAAUAUCUACUUUAGUUGAAGAUGAUGAUAAUAGUUCAUCUGAAAAUACCGUAGUUAAUCAUAAAACAUCUCAUGGAGCAGGAACUAAUGUAUCGAAAUUCCCAUCAUUAAAGGAAAUCCCUUCUAUAUUUGCUGAUUCAGGUUGGGAUAAAUUAAAUAAUACCAUUAUUUCUACUUCUAAUUGUGGUAAUCCAUCUUUAAGAUUAUUUGGUUUUGGUCCUGUAUCAGCUAAUGGAUUUGGAAUUGGUUAUAUCAUUAAGGAUGAUUCUAUAUCAAUUUGUGCUAGUUCUAAACAUCGUCAAACUCAAAGAUUCUUAGUAACCCUUGAAUCUUAUUUGAAUGAGAUUCAUCAAAUUUGGAGACAAGUAUCCAUUGUAAAGAAAAAUGCUGCAAAAGUUGCAGCCGAUGCUGCGGCUGCGGCUGUCGAAAAAUCCCUUUCAAAUUCAGUUAAGGAUUUACUUCAACCCAAACCAAAAUCAAAUUUAUCUACUUUAUUAGGAGGGUAUGGAUAUUUUGAUAUGGGAGAUGAUGAUAUCAAAUCUAGAGGUCCAUCUCCAGAACCUCCAUUCUUAAACAGAAACAAUUCAGGCUUCUCAAUCAGAGAGAUUGGUAAGAAAUUGAGAUUGUCGGAGUAUUAGUACUUCAGCUGUUUACUCUAUUACGAUUAAAUAUUCAUGUGAUUCUAUUUAUUUUAUUUAUUACUUAUUUAUUUAUUUAUUACUUACU